AACACGUGGUAGUAAGAGAUUAACACCACUGACAUUAACAGUGUGUACUGGAGCUCAGAGUGAAUACGACCGUAUUGUUAGGGCGGUGGAAAAUCUGAAAUCUCUAUCGAUUGAAUGGUAGUAUUUCCACAGUCAAUGACAUUCAUAAUGAAUUCAAAGUCUGUCCUGUCAGGAGUUUUGCUGUCCGUUUUAGUGAUAGCUGUAUCGGCCAGUGUGUCUGAGAAGUUGCUGCGCGUGCCCUUGUUCGAAGUCGGAGAACUCUGGUACCGGUCAGUUUGCACCUUAACCGGACGGAUGCUAUUCUUACUGACGACAUGGCCGGAUUUUUAUGCAGUGACCACCUAUAUAAUUGUAGCAAUAUUAAGUGUUGGAUUCUAUUACUUCUAUUUGAUAAUGUUUUGUCCUUUAAAUCGGAUUCGGAUUCUGGGAGAUCUUGGAUACAGAGCGGAAGGUAAAUUUACCAUGAAGGAGAUUGCCAAUUCCGUACGAAAAAGGAGAAUGGUUGGAAAGGUACCAGCUGUAUACCCGAAUGGAUGGUUCGGUAUUAUGGAAUCCCACACACUUCCGAGAGGCAAUUCCACCUAUGUAUCGAUUUUGGGUCUUCAUUUAGCGGUAUUUCGUGGAGAAGAUGGCGAGAGUCACGUGCUGGAUGCCUACUGUCCCCACAUGGGGGCUAACCUAGGGAUCGGGGGCCGCGUUGUUGGUAACUGUAUCGAGUGUCCGUUCCACGGCUGGCAGUUCCGAGGGACAGACGGGAAGGCCACCAAAAUUCCAUAUGCUGAGAAAGUGCCAGAUUUUACCAAAGUGAAGGCGUACGUUUCCAAGGAAACAAACGGUUGGAUCUAUCUAUGGCACCACGCGGAAAAGGAGCACAAAGAUGUGCCCGAGUGGGAGAUCCCAAAUCUGGACAACAUCAACAAUGGCAGGUGGACGUACCGAGGGCGAACGGAGCACCACAUAAAUGCCCACAUAGAGGAAAUUCCCGAGAAUGGUGCUGACGUAUCACACCUACCUCAGGUACAUGGUCCUAUGAUCUCGGCUGGGGUAGAUCUGAAAGAAAUGUGGAACACAUUUUGGUCAUUUGGACAUCACAAAUGGACCGCGGCAUGGGAACAGAAUCCCGCUCCAGAAAAACAUAUUGGAACUCUUAAACUCACACACAGUCUAAACCUGUUCGGUAAACACUUGCCGCUCAUCGAUAUGGACGUUCGGGCACAACAGAUUGGUCCAGCGAUUGUUUAUUUAGAGUUUGAUUCGCCAAUUGGGAGCGGUGUAUUUGUACAGUCGCUCACUCCUGUCGAACCAAUGGUGCAGAAAUUAGUUCACAAUAUCUAUAUGGACAGAAAAGUACCGACGAUAAUUGCCAAAUUCUUCAUGCUUGGAGAGGCACUCCAGGUUGAACGGGACGUGAUGAUAUGGAACAAUAAGACGUUUGUUAGCAAGCCAAUGUUCGUUAAAUCCAAAGAGGAUAGUUUAAUUGCCAAACAUAGACGGUGGUACGCACAAUUUUACACGGAAAACAGUCCUAAACUAACAUUUCAGAAAGAGUCAAUGGAGUGGUGAGAUGGCGGAUGACAGAAGUACUAAAUAUGAGUUGCUCAAAAACUGUUUCUGAUAAUGUGAAAAAUUUCAAAUCGUUAUGACACAAUCAGACCGAUGAGCUCAGAUUAAUCCGAAACGUAGUGUACGUGUUUACAAGAUAAUACAGGAGAAAGUGGUGAAAUGGUAAAACCAUUCUAAUACUUGAAUUCUUCCACAAGAACCAGCAACGCGUAAUUAGUUUCAACAUAAGACAAUUCAUUGAAAAACUGUAUAUAUUGGAUUAAGUGUGAUGAAUGAAAAGAAAGUUUUUUUGUGUCGAUCAACGAUUAAACAACUCCCGAGUACAAAGAGAAGAAACAAAGCAAGCUCCUUUAUGGGCAUCUAUACAGAUAUGGAUAUAACGUCCGCACCAAGUCUAGACACAAGCGAACUGUGAUGUGAAGAAUACACGGAGAAAAAUAUGUGGCAUAAUUAAGAAGAAAAUGGAAGCAUGAUGAUGAAAUGUGAUAUAUAUAUAUAAAUAAAUGUUUACAGUAAUAUAUACCAAAGUAAUUAAGUUAAUGUACAAGUCGAUAAUACAUAAGUAAUUAAGUUAAUGUACAAGUCGAUAAUACUAUCAUAAUGGUGUAUAUAAAAUAUAGAUUGAUAGGUAUAAAGUAUUAUUAAAUUCAUUAUCAAUACCGUAUAUUACACGGGAUGUUAGCAUAAUAGCCUGGCAUAUUUCUGGAGUGCGGCAUGAUAUAUUACAUCGCUGUAGUCAUGUACAGCUGAAUGUCACACCAGCGUUCUACAUUCCCUUUGCACAGCUUCCAAACUAACCCACCAACACAACAUGUUGUGAAUCAAAACAACAAAACCUAUAUAUAUAUGUAAAUGUUUACAAUUACAGAUUGUUCUGGCGUCUUUCCGUCAUACAAUUGGAGGCUAAGCAUGCCAUGACGUCAAAUUUAAACGUUGACGGGGAUUUUCGUACGGUUUCCCAUCAAAGUACAUCGUCUGACGGAAAUGGCCAGAGCAGAACGUAAUGAUAUUGGAAAACGCUACAUUAUUCCCGAAAAAAGUUAUUUUGCUUGAUCUGAAUUAUGAAGCAACAGAAACCAGAUAAAAAUGAUAAAAAUACUGUUAUGGAAGUAAGUAUUUUCAUCAUAAUGCAUAUUCCUAACUUUUCUGACAUCAUAAAACCAAUUUACUUGCACGUUUUUCCCGAGAUAAGCAUUGUAGAAUAUAUGCUACGCAUAUGCCUUCUAGUUAUGAAUUGAAACAAGAGUAUACACAAUUCAGCUAACAUCAAGUUACGACCGCUGAUGUUAUUAACAGUACAAUAAGCUAAUUGCCAAUAUCUUCAUAUCGAGUGUAGGUGAUUUAAGUUGUAUUUACUCUUUAAAAAAACAAUAAAGAUAAUAUUGUAAUUUUCGUUUUGAUUUGUAUUCCUAAGAAACAAAUUGUAAAAUAAAUGUUCGUCUACUUAAAUGCAUUAUUAACUAAUGUAUUUUCAAGACCACGCAAAUAAAAAGAAACGUUUGUUAAUACAAUGUACUUAAAAGGCAAACCAAAUGGUCGAUCAGAUCACAUGGCUGUAACAAUGAUGUGUCACAGCUAGUUCUGAAGAAGGAGAUUCCAAACAAAGAAUAGCCAGGGAUUUAUCUUUAUAUACAAAAUGAAGUGGCAAGUGUUACCUGAAUGAAUUGUAUCACGUGUUGAGAUCGUCAAAAAGUUAUGAGAAAGCAUUCAGUUUGUUUUACCAUUAAUAAUUUAAAUCCUUCAAUUUCAUUAAUUUAGUUAUGUUUGCCAAGUAUUUUUAAGACGUUUCGAGUUAGAUAACAUGAAAAACAUCAAUCAUUCUAUACUAUUUACCUAUUUAUAUAACACCCAGUGCUACGUGCGUCUCUACAUGUUUAAACCACUUAUAUUGCUGUUCGUCAGUCUUCCGUCAAAAUGAUGCUUCAGACAGCCCCUGUGGCUGUUACAACCUCAAACUAACCUCAUAUUACUUACAGAUCCAGCGUUGACGUUUUGUUACCUGUAUAUGUUUACAAAUAGUUAAAUAGAAAGUAAUUAGGAUUUUCAGUUUUGAGAUAUAAUGAUCACGGUAUUCGUGUAGAUAUCAAUAGUGUGUGUAUAUGAGCGUAUAGAAAGAUGUAUACUUCACUGAUGUUUUGUACAGAACGUUCACGGUUUAUAUUUAUACCCGGUUGUUUUAUUCACAAUUAGCCUCAAUAGUGUAAAACAUUCCUUCAUCAUCUUAACCUUUGUCUUAUAUACCAGGAAACGUUCGCCAAGUCAGAUAUUCACCAUGCACCGGUAAAAUCCAUUUUUACCCGGUAUAAUUUCGCCCUACACAUUAAAAUACCAUAUAUGGUAUGAUUGGUACUAACCUACUGCGAAGGACGAUAAAGGUGACAAUUAAACAGCGGCGCAAAUAUUCCCGGUACACAGUAUUUACUUACGUAUAUGACAAACCCCUUGUCUUUCAGUUAAAGUUAAAAUACUAUUUUUAUACUACUUAAAUAGCGAUCUUGUUCAUCAUACCUCUGACCAGCUCUUACCCACAUCCAUAUUCUUAAAAAUGUUCAUCACUGAUUAGGGCGCCUCCUCUAGGCAAAUUAACAAAAACACUUUUUGUAUGAAUGUUGAACUUUGUGCCAAUUAAAUACCAGUAUGUAUGUUUCACCUAGAAUUAAACAGUUGUAUAAGCUCCAAGCUUAUCACAAUAAAACUAGCCCGCGGUAUAUAUAGAUGUACCACGUGUAUGGACCAAUUAAGGUAUAUACUUCUUCUUUAACUAAACGUCGAGUUGCCAAUUUGAAAACGGAUACUCUCUGGACACACCGAUUAUAUUUUAUAAUGAUAAACAUUGCUUGGUAAUAAUGCUAUAAGUUUAUCAUAUCAAAAUAUCAGUAAAUAAGAUAAAACACGUAUUUUAUAGAAAAGGAACAACAGGAUUUAUUGAGAGUAUGGAAUUGUUACUAACCUUUCAGAAAGAUAAAAUCGAAAUCGAUCGGUUUUUUUAGAUUCAUAUUGUUUCAGCAACUGUAAACCUUAUUUGAAUGAAUCAUGUCCUGUGUAUUGUCUUCGCUGUAUUAAUGAUGGCAUAUUAAUAUAUAACUAUUGGUAGAAUAAUGCAGAUACGUUAAUAUCACAUGAUUAACCAACAUGUACAUUUUGUAUGUAUAAAAUGUAACUGAUGUAAACUGAGAGUGUGUGUGUGUGUAUUUAUUGACUUGAGAGGUUUAAAUGCAUUGUAAAUCAAGGCGAAAAUCAUGUAGUACCACAAAUAAUAAUGAAAUAAUUCGCAAUUCACAUGUUAAUUUAAGUAUGAAAUAGAAAACAAAGGUUUCCGUAAGAGCCGACCUUCUGUGAAAUAACUUGAACUUUUUGCGAUAUUCUGAUCGUUAUGAAAACAAUGUACAUGUGUAGAAAUAUAUCAUACAUAUAUUUAUUUAUGGGUGAAGAGUGGUUGCAUAAAUGUACGUAUGUGGCAAAACCACUGAUAUGACGAACCACCAAUGAGACUGACAGACUCCCUUUCUCUAAUAGCAUGGCAUAUGUAGAUAGAACGAUAAGCUCCCGCUGGUAAAGGACAGUUUAAUAUAGCUGAUGAGAAGUCAAUGAACGAAAUAUAUUACUGUUACGCAGAUAGGGCAUAGUUUUAGAAGUACAUUAUGUAGUAUUGGGCCUUUUAACCGCCUGUCAUAUAUUCUUUUUAGUUCAAGGAGUUCCAUUCCAAAGAUGCAUAACAUAAUGAGUUGUUCUGUCCCCUAUAUAUUUACAGAUGGUAAAAACCUAAAAUUGAAACAAUCUUACAAAUAGAACAGUACGUCCCAUUAAAUAUCGCAUUUCAAUUUUAAAAUUUCAGGAAUGUUCCAUCUAGUCAACUGUCACUCGACAUUGCAAGAUGUCGUGGAAUUCGUUCACGUGAAUAUGCUUUGAUGUAGAAUAACGUGUCUGUUUUAAACGUAGUGACUAGUGUAUUCAUGAUUGUUUUUGUGUUUUUAUUUUUUAGCCUAAUUCACUAGGUCAAGGUAGUUACACAGUGGCUUAUUUUUGAAAUAAUUUGCAAACAAUAUCACGCUUAUGUACCUUCUGUUUGGCUGUGUUGUAGUGACACCCUUCUGCUUCAAAAUAUAUAAUUUCAAUAAACGGAUAUAAUAACAA